AUGUAUCAGAUCAAAUAUGAUAAAUCACGUAUUUUUGAUAUUCGAAUUGAAUUAAAAUACACAAAUCGGCGGUAUAUAUUUGAUAAGAGCGCCAUCUAGGUAUUGUUUCAAAAAUAUCGUGUCAGAGGGCGCCACUGGCUCAAACAUUCAGUUUUAUAUUUUAUUUGCUUAUUUCUUGAGAAAUCCAAAAUAAUACCGUGGUAUUUGAUCUUUCUGAUGAAAUUUAUGCGGUACUUGUAGUUAAAAAGAGGUAAGAAUUUUAUUGUCAAAUUUUAUUUGAACAUAAUCUAUUGUUUGAAAUGAUAUGAAAUUUAUUACAUGUAUGUACAAAUACUUUUGUAUUUAUGAAAAAUGUAUUGUAUAAAAAAAACAUAGCAACGCAUGGAGCAAAAUAAAACUGAAGUACAGUAUCUUAAUAAAUUGAAAGUUGAGGAUGUUUGGAAAGAAUUUAAUUGUCCAAUAUAUGUUACCCACCUUUGUCCUAGAACUGACAAAUUACCAAAAGAAAUAUUUGAAUUUGAUGAACAAUUAAAAUUGGAUACCAAUUGCAUUCUACAAAAAUUAGAUAAACUCAUAUCUGAUUCUAUAACAAGCAAUAGUGUAAUUCGCAUAUGUAAACUUUUAUAUGAUUACCUUAGCGAAGUAGGAGACAAUGGUUAUAAAGUUAAAGAUUUAUCAUUAAUAAUAAAAGUAUUAAAAUUUUUGGCCGAAAAUGUUGAUAGAGUUAAAGAAUAUGAGUUACAUCUUGAUAGAAUGUUAGAGCUUUGUAAUAUACCACUUUUACUAGAGAAAUCGUCUGAAAGUUUAAUUCAUGAAGAUACAAUCGAACAAUAUUUUACAUUGUUGGGACACCUUCUUGUAAUUUUACCAACAAAAAAGCAAGCAUUAAAAGUUCAUAAAGUACUUCAUUCUUUGUUAUUAAAAACACAAAAAAAAAAUGUUUCUGCGAUACAAUUUGAGCAUUAUCGUAAAGCUGUGGAAAAAUCAAAGUUACCACUAACUGUGGUUGGAUUACUAGAAGCUUCUACUACAGAAACAUAUCCAAAAACUUUAGAACUAGUUUUCUUACUUUCAUCCAUCUCUUAUAAAUGUUGUAUGUACUCAAUGAACCAUAUUUUUUAUUAUGUUAAAAUUUUCAUAACAUUAAAUAAAGGUCAUAGAAUGUUGGAAGCUAAUGUACUCAAUGUUAUACUUAGAAGAAUGGAUCUUCCUUACGCAAUUCAAUUACAUUGCACACGGCCACCUGACUUAAUAUUAAAUGGGAGUGAAUAUAGUGAUGAAACAACUCUUUUGAUAAUGAACACUCUGUGGAGCUUGAUGAAAUCUAUUAUUUUCCCUAAUAAUAUGCCAACUAAUUUAAAAGAAAAUUUGACAUCAACCCAUUGUGUCUUGGGUCUAUGUUACGCUUUUAAGCGGCAGAUAUAUUACAGCCAAUACAGAAAGUUUAAUACAAAGAUUAGAAAUGAAAUUGCCAUGAUUAUUCUUAUAAUUUCAAUUACUUUACCCUCUUGGAACCUUGUUGGUGGUGGUAUAGCUGAUGCUGUUAUUAAAUAUUUAGUUGGAAUUGAAUCUGGAUCUGUUAGAAUAUUUGCAGACAUAAUAAAAUUUGACAGAACUAUGGAUAAUUUACAUUUUGAAAAAAUUUUAUUAUUAAUUGUCACACAUUUAGCAGAAGUUGAUGCUUGUAUUUUUUUAAUGAUAAAAUGGAAACUGAUGCAAACUAUACUUCAAAUUGUUAAUCCAAAUAUUGAAGAAACAAAAGUCACUUGGAAUGCAUCUCAAUUUUGGGAUUUAUGGAUAUAUGCUGUAAAUGCUUUGUCUGUAUUAGCACCAAAAAUGCCACAACAAUUUGUGGAAUAUUAUGGUGGUAUUAGAUUAUAUACAAUGCUAGAAUGGUGUUUAAACACAAAAUUUGAUAUAAAAAUAAUAAUGACUUGUGUAAAAACAAUUUGCCUAAUUAUUCUGAGUGACAAUAAAUAUUUACUGGAAUAUUUACGAGAGUGUGGAAUUAUAUUAUUGUUAAUUAAAGUUAUUAAGUAUACUUUGAAAUUUGAUAAACUUAAAGCAAAAGAACAACGUGUGUUAACAUUGGCAUUAAUAUCAAUUGAAAGACUCAUGAAAAGACAAAAAUUUUUUCAACAAAUGUAUGGGGAGCACAGUAUUAUAUCUAUUAUGGAAUUACUAUUUCGUUGUAUAUAUCAAAAAGAUGAUGAAUUUCAACUGGAUCAACGCCUUUUACUAGCAAUAGGUUCAUAUAUUUGGGAAUGUAUAAUAUGGUGUCCUGAAAUACUUGAAAAAUUUAUUCGAUACGGUGGAGUAUAUAUUAUCCUUGAUAUUAUUGAAAUUGUUCCAUAUUGCACUCGUUGUUUAUUUCUCGCUCUUUUUACCGAUAUGUGCGAUAAUAUCUUUUGUGGACCAUUCUUAUGUACUUGGAGAGGUAUUGAUAAAAGAAUGGGAUUAAUGUCUUUGUUAGCAAAAAUGUGGAGAGAAGAAGAAAUACGGAUUAAAGCUAAGAGAAAUGUGAAUGGCACUAUCAAAGGCAAACAAUAAUAUAACUUUAGCUAGUGACAUUUUUAUAAUAACUUGACUACAUUGUUAACACUAUCUAUUAGAUGUAG